GGUGAUCCAGUGGCAAAGGGUCGACAACAAAGAAGCCAAUAUCAGUGCCUAACUCAUCACCAUCAAAUGGAUGUUCAAGAGGAGAGCAGUAGUAGCGAGAGCAGUGCCUCCAGUAGCGAGGCAGAGACCUCUGAGGAGAGCAGCGUAGCAGAGGAGGAGCCACAGAAGGUGAAUGUCCCAAAGGAUGCGUCCUCCAGUGAGAGUGAGGAGAACACUCUACUGAGUCAGAAGAACACCACUCAAGACAUCUUUGGAACUGAUGUUCUAUCUGACUCCAGUAGUGAGAGUGAAUCUGCAGAGGAUAGGGAGAAGGGAACACCUGAACCCCCAGUGGCUUCUCCUAUUGGUCAAUCCCCGGUACCCAUGGAAACUAACGAGGGUGAAUCCAAGACUGUGGAGAGACUGUUUGGGGAGGGAUUAGAUCUGUCUUCAUCGGAUGAUGAUAUGCCCACCCUUCACCGACAUGAGCUGAUGACAGAAGAGUCAGGGGAAAGAGGGGCCACAGGAGAGGAGCCAGCUGCUCCAGAGGAGGAGGUUCCCAGGAUAUUUGUGGAGAUACCUCGCUGUACUGCACACAUCGGCUCAGACUUGCAUUUUGUCAAACUACCAAACUUCCUCUCAGUGGAGACUAGACCGUUUGUGCCUGACUUGUACGAGGACGAGGGAGAGGAUGAUGAUGUGCUGGACGAGGAGGGGAGGACCAGACUCAAACUAAAGGUUGAGAACACUAUUCGAUGGCGCUACUCGAUGGAUGAGGCUGGCAACGAGGUGAGAGAGAGCAAUGCUCGGAUAGUGCGCUGGACUGAUGGAUCAAUGUCCCUCUAUCUCGGAGGAGAGAUAUUCGAUAUUAACAAGCAGAUCUUGUCUGGAGAGUACAGUCACCUCUUUGUUAGACAAGGUACUGGGCUGCAAGGUCAGGCUGUAUUCAGGAACAAGCUCACCUUUAGACCCCACUCAACGGACAGUCAAACGCAUCGUAAAAUGACACUCUCCAUUGCUGAUCGGUUCUCCAAGGCACAGAAGAUACGAGUGCUCCCAGCAGUGGGCAGGGACCCUGAGUCAGACAGACUAGCCAGAAUUAAGAAAGAGGAGGUGAAUCUAAGAGCAAACGUGCGUAAGGAGAGCCAGAAACGUCGUAUUAGAGAGCGCCAUGCUCAAAAGGGUGGUCUGACAGCAUCGUACCUGGAGCCUGAUCGUGAGCUGGACCUGGAGGAUGACAUUGGUGCCAUCAAGAGCAGUGUGCGCUCCAGGGUGUACAAGGCCUACGAUAGUGAGGAUGGUAGCAGUGAUGAGGAGAGGCAGAGGCUACUGCAAGCUAAGAAGGACGAUGAGGGGACCAAGAGAGAAUCUGGUGUCAAAGUAAAGAGAAGCAAACAACGUAUCCUGAGCGAUGAAGAUGAAAGUGACUGAUUCUCACAUACUUAACUUAUAGACAGUAGAUUCUGCUCUCCAUACGUACAUGUGUGUACUCUCAUGAACCACUCUCACUUUAUUAUAAAUUGAUUUUUAAUGUCACGAUCUUUACCCAAA